GCAACAAUGGCCUUUAAUCCUCCUUUUAGGGUGGAAAACUCUCAUAAUGCUGUUUUUUAAGAAUCGAGCCUUGUGGCCUGUGGUGGCACGUGCCUGUAACCCCAGCAACCGCGUCGUUGUUGCAGAAGGAUCCAGAAGUUUACCGCCAGCACUCAGUCGGACUUUUAAAAGAGCUACACCCUCAAGUGAGCUGGUACACGUACUUAGUACCGGAGAUACCAGCUGUGGAUUCUUCAUCGUCAAGUCCAGAAGGGCUUUGCGCAUAGGCAAAAAACUGGGUUAGGAACCCGCAGGAAAAGGCGAUCCGGCUUUGGAGGAGCUGGCCUGGGGGCGGGGUGAACUGGCCUUGGGGCAUCAGCGAGGUAGGGAUGGGGAGGGGUGAAUUCACCAUGGGGCGGGACCAUCUGGUCGUGUGGUUGGGCGAGCUAGGCGUGGGGAGGGGCGAGUUAGUCAUGCGGGGAGAAGAUCUGGAGGUGCCGGGUGAGCAGGCUGUGGGGCGGGGUGAUCCGGCCUUGGGGCGGGGUAUGCUAGGCUUGGAGAGGUGUGAGCUGGCCCUGGAGAGGGCCGAGUUGGCUGUGGGGAGGGAGGAUCUGAACAUGGAACCGGAUGAGUUGGCUGUGGGACGCGGCGACCUGGCCCUGGGGCGGGGCUAUCUCUCUGUGGAGAGGGAUGAGCCAGUCUUGGGGCGGGGUGAACUGGCCUUGGGGCGGAGCGAGCUUGAGUCCGGCCCCUACCAGGCUCAGGGAAGUGACGUGUGCGGACAAAGGCAGAGGCCGCGAGGUGUCUGGUCCGGUAGAGUGGUGGCGGCAGCCGUGGGCUACGGUCUUUGCCAGCCUCCUCCUCAACCCGUCCUUGUCUUUCGAGUCCCUGGAGCCACCACCUAGGAUUCGGAAUUCCCCUGUUCUCUAGGAUUAACCCCUUUUGAAGCUGUGCGCACUAGGACCCCAUCUCUGCUGCCCGAUAUAAAAGCAGAAGUCGUUGCUGAAUUUGAUGAAAAGUUUCUUUCCUCCCUACAAGCCUCAUUCCAGGUACAGUAAUCAUCAAAAGGCACCAAAAGGAGACAUCGGAGCCUGGCUGGAAGGGACCAUAGACUUUAAUCCUGACCACAUCAAGAACAGUCAAGGUCGACGAGGUCCCGGCCUGGAUACACCAUUCCUGGUUUUACCCAUGUAAAACCUGUUGACCCACAGGCAGGCCCAGGCCACUACACACCCGAGGCCUGCACUGGACUAUGGCGAGCUGCCACCCACCCACUAGACCCACUUAAGCUAAGAAUUCAAAAACCCGCCUCACGAACCCUGCUGCUCGCCCUAAACAAUGGCACACCUCGACUGGUCUCCAGAGGGCUCCAUCUUCACACUGCUCUGCUUGGAGAUCAGACUUCAGCAGACAAACCUUUAACAAGCUGUUACCACCAAAUGGAUACUUCCAGGCCCCGAGAGAACCCCAGGAGACUUAGAGGUGCAGACUUUGACAUUGACUGGUUCCGGCAAUACCACCUUUCCCAUGUUUAACCUAGGCCUUUGCGCCCUGGCCGGAUAUGUAUGGAAAGAUCCGGGUUCAAGCUGUUUGUCAUAUCAGGAACUGCAGAGCGCUAGGCCAACUUGUGGGCAGGACUGCCAAGAACAGCGACUUGCAGCCAUCCAGCUCUGUGGGACUUGCCGAGGGGAGCAGAGCAGUGGCUGGUGACUGUGCAGCUGGUGACGUCAUGACAAGCGAGGUGAUCGAAGAUGAGAAACAGUUUUAUUCGAAGGCCAAGACCUACUGGAAGCAGAUUCCGCCCACGGUGGACGGCAUGCUCGGGGGGUAUGGCCACAUCUCCAACAUCGACCUCAACAGCUCCCGGAAGUUUCUGCAGAGGUUUUUAAGGGAAGGCCCAAACAAGACGGGGACUUCCUGUGCCCUGGACUGUGGUGCUGGCAUUGGAAGGAUCACCAAGCGCCUGCUCCUGCCGCUCUUCAGGGUGGUUGACAUGGUCGACGUGACGGAAGACUUUCUGGCCAAAGCCAAGACCUACCUGGGGGAAGAGGGCAAGAGGGUGAGGAACUACUUCUGCUGUGGGCUGCAGGACUUCAGCCCUGAGCCCAGCUCCUAUGACGUGAUCUGGAUCCAGUGGGUGAUAGGCCACCUGACGGAUCAGCACCUGGCUGAGUUUCUGCGCCGCUGCAGGCGGGGCCUGCGCCCCAAUGGCAUCAUUGUCAUCAAAGACAACAUGGCCCAGGAGGGUGUGAUCCUGGACGAUGUGGACAGCAGUGUGUGCCGUGACCUCGAGGUGGUCCGCCGGAUCAUCCGCAGUGCAGGCCUCAGCCUCCUGGCUGAGGAGCGCCAGGAGAACCUGCCAGAUGAGAUCUAUCACGUCUACAGUUUCGCCCUGAGAUGAAACCGGGGCCAGAGCUGGGGGCCAGCAGCUGGCAGGCCAAGAGACACCUGCCACCCACCAAUGACUCCAGUGGGAAGGGACAAGCCCCAGAGUAGGUGUGCCCUGGAUUGGGGCAGUGCAGCCCUGUCACUCCAAAGCACCCUGGCGACUCCCUGCAGGGCCUACGGGAAGCUGAGUUGUCCCCACUGGACCAGCCGCCUAAGGGGAAAGACUUCACUUGGUUGCCUAGGACCUGAAGUGUGUGGACUGCUGUGUUCCAGGACAGCCAGGCAAGCCACACAUGGUACCCGCCAGAAGGUACCACUUACGGGUAUGGUCACAGCCCCAAAUCCUCUUUGGUGAUGGGUCAUAGCAGCCUGUAGCUCCUCCCUGACAGGCAUGUGCAGUCAAUAAAAGGGUGAGCCUUGUUCUCAAA